AUGAUUACAGAUGGAUGAAUGCUUUGGUAUAUGAUGGGACUGAAACGAUUAAAAGAACAAAUAUAUAAUUCUUAAAUCGAAGUGCUACAAUUAUAAAAUUGUCUCUCCUUGUAGUGCCACCCCCAUUAUACCAUUAGUGGAUGAGGCUACAAUUCCAUUACAUGCUCAAGUUACAGUAUAAAUACCCCCCUUCAGAAGAGGCCAAUCUGCAUUCAGAUUUCAGAGUCAGGUUCAGGUUCAGCUGAGGGUUGUUGGAUUAUUUUCAGAUAACAAAAGAUGGCAGCUGCAAUGAAACUCAUCUCUGUUCUGGGAUUGAUUGUGCUUAUUAGCGUGGGAAAGGUGGUUGAUGCAGCAGGGGAAUGUGGGAAAUCAGCUCCUGAUAAUGAGGCAAUGAAGCUAGCCCCAUGUGCUGAAGCUGCACAAGACGAGAAUGCCCCUGUUUCAGCCAGUUGCUGCGCCCAGGUGAGGAAAAUCGGCCAAAGUCCGAAAUGUCUCUGUGCCGUUAUGCUCUCUAACACUGCUAAAGCAUCUGGAAUCAAGCCUGAGAUUGCCAUAACCAUCCCUAAACGCUGCAACAUAGCCAACCGUCCAGUCGGUUACAAAUGUGGAGCAUAUACACUUCCUUGAAUGGAAAAUUUGGGAGACAUAAAAAGUGCUGGAGCUCACUUGUUGUACCACUUAAUAUGUAGCUUUAAGCUUGUCUUUGAAUGAAUAACAGCUUAAAGCAUGUUUAUAUUAUCCAAUCUUGAAGUUCAAUAAAAUCAUCCAUGUUUCUGCUUUUAA